AUGGGAAAUAUAAAUGAUUACGUUUCAGAAAGAAAUUUAUUAUCCAUGUCAUCAACAAUAACAUACAUGUUUACUCACAGCAGUGGCAUAGAAAACUUAUGGAAGCUAGAAGCGCUGAGAAUUACAGAGGCUAAAAAUAAAACUGAUUCAGAGUUAGAAGAAGCAGGAUGGGAUCACUUUUACAAGACUCUGAAGAGGGUGGACGAUCGGUAUGAAGUCAGUUUACCUUGGAACAACAAUAAACAAGCUUUACCAAGUAACAGAGAAGUUGCUGAGAAACGAUUGCGUUCGACUACAAAGAAGCUCCUAUUUAAAGAUAAAUUUGACACAUACAAUGCACUGUUUGAAGAGUGGCUCAAAUCUGGAUUAAUAGUAGAAGUGCCAGAAGAAGAACAGAGAGUUAACAAUAAUUGUCUUCCCCACAGAACAGUCUUCAAAAAUAACUGUACAACAGCAGCAAGACCUGCAUUUGACGCUUCAUGCAAGAUAAAGGAUUUCCUGUCACUUAACGACUGCAUAGCAAAAGUUCAAAAUUUAAUUGAAUUGAUACUCAGAUUGCUUCUUGAUUUUAGACAAGGAAAAAUAGGAAUUAUUUCGGAUAUUACAAGAGGUUUCCUUCAAAUAUCUGUUCAAAUAAAUUAUCGUGAUUUCCUAAGCUUCCUGUGGUGGAAAACCUUGAACAAAAGAACAUAA